GCAGUAUUCCAGUACAACUACAAUACUAACUCAUCAGGGUUUCCUUGGAGUAGCAUUAAAGACUAUUGCUGCUGCAUCUUCUUUCUCUCACCUUCCUCAAACUAACUUCUACUUCUCUUUUUUUAUUUACAUUUUUAUUUUUAUUUAUUGUAAAAGCUGAAGAUAUAUGGGUUAGAUUUAUAGUCCAAAAAAAUCUCCAUGAUUGAAUUUGUAUGAUACUUUCAAGAAAUUACAAAUGGGUCCUCGCCAUCAUCAUCAUUGUUCUUAUUUUCUUGUUUGCAUAAUUCUCUUUUUCUUUGCAAUCUCUCUCUACUUGACCCACUUUUUCUUUGCAAAUGCCACACAAAUUCCUCACUUGAGUAACAGUAGCUUCAGAUUUCUGCUCGGACUCAAUAAUCCCGCAAAAUCAAGAACUGGCGGUCAGCGUUUCACUUCCCUUCCACCGUCGCCGUCGCCGUCUCCGGCGAAAUCCCCGGCUCAUUCUCCGGCGGUGCACGCUCACCCGCGGCAAGCCCACCGCCAUCAGAACACACUCCCGCAAGCCCACAGGAUAGUAGUGCAGAAGAAAGACGAAAGGAAGACAAGAGUGUUGACGGCGGUACUUGCCUCCGUCGGGAUUACGUCGGCGCUGUGCGCCGUCGGGCUCUUCUUCGGCUGCCGGAAGUUCAAGAAACAGAGGAGAAGGCCGAGAAGAAGGAGUGUUUCGGUAUUCAGAUCAAAGUUCGCCGCCGCCGCCGCCGCUAAUUCACAGAGCUCGGUGAAAAAGGUGAGUUCGGAUCCGGGUCCGGAUCUUUUUUACCUGAACACACUGGAAUCUGCUUUAGAGUUGCAACAAACACCGUCAAUUAUUUGUUGUGUUGAUGAGAGAGAAGGGUCCAACAAGAAACUCAUCAAAUCAGACCCCUCUUCCUUUGCUGAAAUCUCCACCGUUGAUCAUCUUGAUCAAGAUGAUGAUGAUGAUGAUGAUGAUGAUGAAUCUUUUCAUUCCUUUUCUAAUUCACCUUUGAGGAUUUCCAAUGCUGAAACCUCGGAUUUCACAAAUUGUUCUAAACCCAUUUCACCACCUCCACCGCCGCCACCUCCGCCGCCGCCACCUUCGGCGGCGGCGGUCCCUUCUCCGUCGAAAACGAAAUGUAAUAACUCUUUGAAGCCGAAUUUAACCCAGAGUAGUUUUCCGGUGGCCGGAGUUCCUCCGCCGCCAUGCCCGCCUCCGCGUUCGAAAUCUGUAAACGAGGGGCCGCCGCCCCCUCCUCCUUCUCUGCUCCGGCAACAAAUGCCUGGGAAAGACGGGUCGCCGUUGCCGAAGCUUAAACCGCUCCACUGGGACAAAGUUAGAGCUGCACCGAACCGUUCGACGGUGUGGGACAAGCUGCGGUCGAGCUCGUUCGAGUUCGAUGAGGAAAUGAUAGAGUCCCUAUUCGGUUACAAUCUCCAAAAUAAUCAUACGAAAAACGACGAAUCGAAGAGCAAAACUCCGUCGCCAAGCAAGCACGUACUCGAGCCCAAGAGACUGCACAACAUCACUAUACUCUCCAAAGCGUUGAGUGUGACCGCAGAACAAGUAUGCGUUGCACUAAUCCGAGGGGACGGCUUGUCGUUACAAGACUUAGAAGCACUCUCGAAAAUGGUCCCCACUAAGGAUGAAGAAGCCAAGCUUUCAAACUACAAAGGAGACGUAUUCGAAUUGGGCUCCGCCGAGAAACUAGUUAAGGCAAUGCUCAAGAUACCCUUUGCCUUUUCAAGAAUCGAAGCCAUGCUUUAUAGGGAAACUUUCGAAGACGAGGUUCUUCAUCUCGCAAAAUCGUUCGCAAUCCUAGAGGAGGCAUGCAAGGAGCUAAGAUCGAGCCGACUCUUCCUAAAACUACUCGAGGCAGUGCUCAAAACGGGGAACCGAAUGAACAUCGGCACGAUUAGAGGAGGGGCGAAAGCUUUCAAGCUCGACGCCCUUCUUAAGCUAGCCGAUGUGAAGGGCACGGAUGGUAAAACGACACUCUUACAUUUCGUGGUGCAAGAAAUCAUUCGUUCGGAGGGGUUAAGAGUGUCCGAGAGCAUAAUGGGAAAGAUCCAUCAAAUAAGCAACAAGAACACUAUAAACAUCGAAGACAAAGACGAGUACUACAAGAAAAUGGGAUUGGAUCUCGUCUCCGGAUUAACCACCGAGCUAUGCAACGCGAAGAAAACGGCAACUAUAGAUUUGGAUGUGCUCGCGACCUCGGUGACGAAUUUAUCCGACAACAUGCGUAAAUUGCAAAAUCUCGUCGAGAGGGAUAUGGUUGUGGAGGAGAAUAAGGGCGGUUUCGUAAUUUCGAUGAGGACGUUCUUGAAAUACGCGGAGACGAAGGUGAAGGAGCUGAGGGAGGACGAGGGUCGAGUGCUGGUGCACGUUAGAGAGAUUACGGAGUAUUUUCACGGAGACGUGAGCAAAGAGGAAUCGAACCCGCUACGAAUAUUUGUGAUUGUGAGAGAUUUUUUGAGCAUGUUGGAUAAUGUGUGCAAAGAGCUUAGGAGCUUGAAAGGGCCACGUAGCCCUAAUCCUUUAGCACCAUUCAGAUAGAUUAUAUGUUUAGAUUGGUGUAAUUGGUUUCAUUUGUUUAUAAGUUUUUGUUUUUAUCUCUGCUUCAUCUAGCUACCACGGUUGAUGAUGAUCAUAUGUAUAAUGUAAUUUCAAUUUUUUUUUAUUGAAAAAAAAAAAGAAAAAAGAAAUAUUUUCUUGUAA